UCUCGUGUUUUGGCUGCCCCGCCACGCUUUUCACACCCGCUGACUUUUUAAUGCUUUUGUUACUUUACCAAGAAAGGAGAAAAAUUCGACGACGACGACGACGACUAAAUGUUUGACUCCAUUGACGAACUCAAUUUCGUUUCAUAUUCCUUUAUCUUUCUCUCUUGCGUGUAGAACAUUCAUGAAGAAUUAGCUUCUCAGUUUGGUCUCUGGUUAUUUCAUUAGCUCGGUUGAUCCCGUUCUUCGAGUCUUCUGCUCCUCUGCAAAUUAAUCUCUGGUCUACAUUCACUUCUUGUUAGUUUCCAUGAACACUUGGAAGUAAGAAUCAUAUCAUGCAAAAGUUUUGGUUUGAAUUGGACAAUGAUUGUGGGGAAUGGGAAUAAAAAUGAGGCAUGAAUUAAGAUUUCCAAAUUGAGAAUGGAGACAUUAGGUGCUACUGGAUAAGAGGGUGUCUUGAGGAGGACUACAGCUGUCAAUUUGAUGUCUUCUCAAAACAACUUGAUGCCUGGGUUUGAAAGCAAUGGGGUUCAGACUCAUAGCUUUGAUUUGAAAAACAGGCAUGACUUUGGAACGCAUGUUGCCCCAAGGAAAGUAAACGGAGAUGGAAAUUUUAAUAAUGUUCAAGAUCAAGAGGCUAUGGAACUUUAUUCAAGAGCUAGAGCAUUGGAAGAGGAGAUAAAAAUUCUCCGUAACCAAGUUUCUGGUGCCUGUUUAAAGGACAUGCAGUUACUGAAUGAAAAGUAUGCAUUAGAGAGAACAAUAGCUGACUUGCAAAUGGCAAUUCAUGAGAAGCAAAACGAAGCUGUCUCAUGUGCAUUAAAUGAAUUAGCUCGUAGAAAAGGUGAUAUUGAGGAGAAUUUAAAAUUGGUUCACGAUUUGAAGGUGGCAGAGGAUGAGAGAUAUGUCUUCAUGUCAUCCAUGCUUGGCCUACUGGCUGAAUAUGGAUUUUUGCCACGCGUUGUAAAUGCAUCUGCUAUAUCCAACAAUGUGAAGUACCUGCAUGAUCAAUUGGAAUGGAAGAUUAGAGCUUCUCAUGUAAGCUUUCUACCUUGUAGCUUUAUUUUAUGCUCAUUGUGCUCAUUCUCAUCAUUUGUGAUAUAUUUAGGACAACUGCAUUUUUGUAUUUACAUAUAACAAUAUGGUUUUGUU